AGCCUGAGGCUUUGGGGUUGAUUCUCACUAGGGCCCUUUGGAGAUGCUUCUGGGUUGCCCCAGCUGCCGCGAACAGCAGGACCGGCCCGCUGCCCUAUGGAGGGAGGCGGGAAAGGAAGUGCCCGGCAGCCAUGUUGGCCUCUGUGGCCAGAGCCCAGGACGCAGCCCCCGGCCUGUGCUGAAACCAGGCCCUGGCACAGGAAGUGCUCGGAACCUUCCCUGCCGCUGCCAUGGUGCCCACAACGCCGUCGUGGAAACCAAAGGCAAGUUCCCCUGCCCAAGCACCUUGGCCCCUUAGAAGAAAAGGGUGAGCCCCAGAUGUCAUGAGAGCUCCCAGGCUUCAGGCUGAGAAGACAACCAGCCCCCAGCUCCCAGGUGAUUCAGAGACCAGUGCAAUGAGAGCUCCUCCACUCGGCCGGCUUCUGCUGUGAACACACGCCUGGUGGGCGGAAGGGCUUCAGAACUGUGCUUAUCUUUUUCCGUCUGUGUGAUCCCCACUACCAUCCGUGAAGAUGCUGCAUCCAACGCACAAAUCCCGGCUGGAGCGCCGGAUAGUUGGCUCAACCAACCGGUGGCGUUUCCCCAAAGAUUCUUUCUCCGGGGACCUGCUGGGACUUUCCCAGAGGUUCAAGGCUUUGGGCGUGGACUUUGAUGAAGCUCUGAAGAACCCAGACAGGUUAUGCAUUGCACAACUUCAGAAACUUUUCUCUGAGAAUUCCAAGCACAAGGACAUCCAAACCGGGGAGGCAGAUGUGAUUCUUGAAUGCCUGGGCUUCAAGUGGGAACUCCACCAGCCCCAGUUUUUCCAGUCCGAGACCUUGACCAAGCUUUACCUGGCGGCCCUGGCGAGGGACACCGUAAGUCCCCUGAAGGAACUGGAGAAGCUUCUGCGAGCUCAGUCGCCUGGGAAGACCAAAGAAAGAGACCCUGUCAAAAAGAUAAUCAUUUCCUUGAAGAUCAAUGACCCGCAGGUCACUAAAUUUGCCUUCGCCACGGCCCUGAAGAGCCUCUACCUGAGCGAGGCGGACAUCCACGCGGACAACGUGCUGGGGGUGCUGGCGUCCGCGCACAUCCUGCAGUUCAACAGCCUGUUUCAGAGGUGCGUGGCCGUGAUGAUGAACGGGCUGUCACCAAGCACCAUCAAGAAGUUCUACCUGGCAGGAUGCAAGUACAAGGAGGAGCAGCUCACCACCGCCUGUGAGAACUGGCUGGCGAUGAACUUGGUCCCUCUGGUGGGGACACAGAUCCACCUCCGGAAAAUCCCACAGGACCUGCUCUACAAAGUGCUGAAGUCCCCCAGGUUGUUCACCUUUAGUGAAUUUCAUCUUCUGAAAACAGUACUCCUGUGGGUCUUCUUGCAACUAAACAACAAAGUUCAGACAAUUCCAAUUUAUGAGACCGUGUUGGCAUUUUUUACCAGCUUUUCCAAGAACUGUUGCUUUCUGGACCAGGAUGUGGGACAGAGACUGAUGCCGCUCUUCCUGUGCUUGCAUCUGCACGGCAUCACCAGAGGCAAGGAUCUGGAGCAGUUAAGGCACAUGAACUUUUUCCCGGAGUCAUGGCUGAUCCGGGUUGCAGCCAACCACUACCAUGCACUGGAGAAUGGGGGUGACAUGGUCCACCUGAAAGAUCUUAACACCCAUGCCGUGAGAUUCGGGCUGCUCUUCACGCAGGAGCACACAACUCAUUCAGAAACGAUUGCCAUUUAUGGAUUCUUCUUUGAGAUAAAGGGAAUCAAACAUGAUAGUACCUCUUACAGUUUUUACAUGCAGAGAAUGAGGCACACGGACCUGGAAUUGCCCGACGUGGGCUGCGAGAACAGCCCCGUGAGCCUGCUAGCAGAGCGCUUGGUGAGGUACGAGAUCAGAGCUCAGACCCUGGUGGACGGCAAGUGGCAGGAGUUCAGGACAAACGAGAUCAGGCAGAAGUUUGGGUUCACCAAGUCGUCCUGCAAGAGCCACGCAAGUAUCUUGAAAAUCCAAACUGUGGGCAUCCCAAUAUAUGCAAGUUUUGCUUUCAUCUUCCCAGUAUCUUGACAGUUUCCAGAAGAAUCUAUGGGAUUAUCUCCCCACCGGUCUGCAUGAAAGAAAAUAAAAUAACAUGAAAGGGAGCA